AUGAUGGAAAGGACAGAACCCGUGGCAAGGAGGAAGAUAAUGCUGCAGAAAGAUUUGAAUGAUCACACUUGGCUGGCGACGGGCGUUACCGAAUUCUUCAGGACGGGACCCAGCUCGUGCGACGUCGUCCUGCUGAUCCAAGACGCGAAGUUCUACUCCUGCAAGGCGAUCCUCGCCGCCGUCUCCCCCUACUUCAGACAGAUGUUCUCCUCCGAGGACUUCAAGGAGCCUUCCCAGAGGGAGGUCAGGCUGGAGGGAUUCACCGAGACGGGAUUCAGGCUGGUGUGGGAUUACAUCCACGGGGCGAGGAUGUACGUGGAAGGAGAGGAUGGGGCGUUGGCCGCCCUGCAGGACGCUCAUUAUCUAGGGCUGAAGCGCUUAUGCGAGAAGAUAAGUAAAACGCUCGUUGAUUUCCUGACGCCGGAGAAUGCAUUUCGUACCCUCGGUAUUGCGGAGCGAUAUGAGUGCCAGGAUUUAAAAGAAGCAGCCAAUGCAGCCAUUUCGGUCCGGUUCAACCAGGUGAUCCACACGGCGGAUUUCUUGAGCGUGUCCUUCAAGGCCCUGACCUCGCUCUUAGAUCGAGACGACUUGGAAGUUUCCUCCGAGAAAGACGUGUUUGAGGCGAUGAAGAGAUGGGUAGAUCGAGAUGAAAGCAGGAAGUGUCACCUGCCCGAUCUUAUUGACAAAAUUCGUCUACCUCUUCUACCUCAUGAGUACCGCAAAAAAUUAAUAAUCGAGGAUCCUGCUAUAUCCAACAACCCUAGAUGCCUUCGCGUGUGCAUGGACGCGAUGAACUAUCACGUCCCUGGGCUGCGACAUACCGUCCCUGGGGGGAAAUCCAGGCACCGUGGGACUCUCUCUCACAAGAUAUGGUGCUUCGGGGUCAAGGAUCAUGAAAGGAAAAUCUAUCGCAUCGAUCCGAACGAUUGGAGCGUGGAUGACGUCACUCAACGUCCAGGAGGUGCGUACGUCUAUCAGCCGUUUAGGAAGACACCAACCAACAAAUGUUUUGCUGGCAUCCGCAGAAAACUUUACUUGAUUGGAUGCAGUGAGAUGAAGAUUUUUGACGUAGAGAUGGGUGAAUGGGAGGAAGGUCCUAAACCUCCGGACUAUAUCCAAUGGCCAGCAAUUGCGUCAUCAGCUUCGUCCUUGUUUAUUUGUGGAAAUUACGAUCAACAAAGGAGAACUGUAGGGGGAGUGUUACAGUUCAAUGCAGAGUCAGCGGAUUGGAUUCUCCUGACCCCCAUGAAGUAUGCAAGGUACGGUGCUGGAGCCCUUUAUAAGGAUUCCGUCGUCAGUGUCGUUGGUGGUAGUUAUCCAAACAGCACGAAGCACGAGCGUCUCGAUCUCCGAACUCCCAAUUGGAAAGAAUUGGCCGACCACCCUCAGGGCACAAUAUAUCCAGGCCUCGCUUACGCAGAAGGUGGAGGAAUCGUCGUUGCAGGGGGAAGUGGCAAAAAGGAGGUAUAUGCCUAUGACGCGAGGAAGGACGCGUGGCAGCAGUGGCCCAGCAUGGUGGAAGAACGCCAAGGACACGGUCUCGUCUCGCUCGACGGGACGCUCCACGCCGUUGGAGGGUAUUGGAAUCCUUCCGUCGAGGUCUUCGAUGGGACGGGAUGGGAAGUUGUGAAGAGAUUUGAGUUGAAAACCUGCGAGAAAGCAUGUCGAAUGUCUCUUUGA